GGACUGUAAAUGGGACCAGGCUUAAAACCAGAGUAAUACAUGUCACAGGACUAUUUAAUCGAGGUACAAAAUUAAAUGUCUGUAUAGUGUUCACAGAAAAAAAACAGAUACAUUCAGUAAAAAAGAGAUUACUAAGAGGACUGAUGAAUGAUAUACUGACUGAAACCAUGAGCAUGUGCACACGUGACAACACUUCCAGAGUCUUCAAGUAUUCUGUUGAGAUCAAAUACAAUCAUUUUAUUUAUAUUCCUUCUCUCUUUUCUGUCUCUUUUUGCAUAGCCUAUAUUUGGUAUUGAAGUAAUCCAAAAGUAAUAGAAAGUAAUCAAAUGAUAUCACUUAAAUAUUGUAAUACUUGGAUAAUACUACAGACCGCAUUUUUUCCAGGUCAUUUGUAUCUGAAUACAUUUUUUGCUCCAGACCUGCUGAUUAGUAACGAUAACAAUAAUAAUAAUAAUAAUAAUAAUAAUAAGUGUCAUUAUUAUCAUACAGUUGUAUUAAUAAUAUAACAUGUAAAACACAAUGUACAUAUUCCACAACAGAAAUAUGGAUAAUGAUCACAGACAGUGAUGUCAUAUAAAAAUUCCAUGAGUGCUUUGUCAGAUUUUUCCUUGACAGUUCAGAUCUUGACAUCAAUCAACAGCACCAUCAUGGGAGGAGGGGCCCAUAUCUCAUGAAGAUUGUUAAGAAAAAAAAAAUUCCCCCGCAUGUAUGAAGCAUGUUUAACCAUUUCUCUUCCAGUCAGUCUCCUCCCUCACCUGUCGAAUUUCGACUAUAAAUUGACCCAAGAAAUGAGCCCGAAUAUGCUCACUUUGCUCUUCAGCAGCUCCCUACCCUGAAGACCUCUCCUCUCUGCCUCCAGAAGACUCCAGCAGCCCGUCCGCCUGCAGCACCAUGACUCCUCGGUCUCUCCUCCUCUGCGUCCUGGUCCUCCAGUCUUUCCUCUGCACCGUCUGGUGCAGCCCUGUGUGCAACAACGAGUGCUGCCGCUUCGUGGAGGGCUUUCCUGUCAGGCUGAAGAAGCUCCGAGAGAACUUCUCACACAUCCGAGACUUCUACGAAGCAAACGAUGAUUUGGACACAGCGCUGCUCGACCAGAGCGUGGAGGAAUCUUUCAAAACAGCGUUCGCCUGCCAGGCCAUGAACGGCGUCCUGGGCUUCUAUCUGGGCACGGUGCUGCCGACAGCCCUGGCCGACGAGACGGAGGACACCAGGAGCUUAAAGCCUCACAUGCAGUCCAUCCAGCAGAUCUUCGACCAGCUCAAAUCUGACGUGCACAAAUGUAGACAUUACUUCUCCUGCAAGGAACCGUUUGACAUCACAAGCCUAAACUCUACGUACACUCAGAUGGAGAGUAAAGGUCUUUACAAGGCCAUGGGAGAGCUGGAUCUGCUGUUCAACUACAUUGAGACAUAUCUGGCUUCCAAGAGGCACAGGACACGUGUGGCCUCUGCUUGAAUACCUGACAGACCUGACCUGUGGCCUUGUUCAUCUCAGGGAAGAAGAACAGUCAUUCAUCUUGCACUCUUUUGUAUUUAACUCCGUUAUUUUCUGUGAGUGUUGUCAGACGAUGAUUUUGUUUUGUGAGC